UGCGGUGUUUGGAGACGUGGUCACAACGCACCACACAUUUUAAAAAGGCAUUACCAGCAGCAAACUUGUGGGGUUUAAGUGUCAGGACUAAAGAGGAUUGUCAGAAAUGACUUCUUGGCUUCUGAAGACUUGCAGGCUGCUUUGCUUGUGCGUCACUUUACCUUUGCGCCUCCUGGAUGUGGCGAUCAAACGUCUCUUCCCCCGGCUCAUGUACAACAGGACUUUCAGGUACAACGACUUAAUGCACAGCGAGAAGAGACAACUCUUCAGGAACGUCAACACGUUUGCCAACAGCGACGGAACGCUUCGCCUGCUUGAGAUCGGCUGUGGCAGCGGCGCCAACUUCCAGUUUUACCCGUAUGGUUGCACCGUGCUCUGCGCCGACCCCAACCUGCACUUUGACACCUACCUGCGGAGGAGCAUGGACGCCAACAAGCACCUGACCUACGAGGCCUUCCUGGGGCUCCCUGCAGAGGACAUGAGGGAGGUGGAGGACGCGUCUGUGGACGUCGUGGUGUGCACGUUGGUGCUGUGUUCUGUCCAGGACGUCACGGCGCGUGCUGAAAACAGUUGAGUAUGGGCCGCUGCCUUCAAGUGCUGUAGGAAAUUGUGGUAAUUAGGAUGAUCUAAUACAGGGGUGUCAAACGUACGGCCCGAGGGCCGGAUCAGGCCCGUGAACAGGUUUUUUCCGGCCCGCGGGAUGAGUUUGUUAAGUAUAAAAAUGUACCUGAUUUUUUUAAAGAAACCGCUGUUCUAAAUGUGUCCACUGGAUGUCGCAAUAGCAUCUUUGUAGAUCAGCCUUUCUCAAAGUGGGGGGCGCGCUGUAACGCCAAAUGU